UCGCGGCCGAUGUCUCCACUACUCCGCCCUCUCCGCCGCGACGCACCCGUCUUCUUCGCCGCCGGCCAGCCCUCCCGUGCUACCUCUCGAUGCGUUGCUCACGGGAGGAGUCUCAUCUCUGCCUCUGCCUCUGCCUCUGCCUCCUACGGCGGCGUCGCCCGCGGAUACUGCAUCUACUCCGGCGGCGGCGGCCGCAGCAAGCAGGACGAAGCUAGGAAAGCAGUGCAAAGUAACUUAGGGCAGAAGAAGCCCCAGUUUGAGAAAUGGGGUGUGCAAACUGAAAGCAGGCGGCAAACGGUCUGUCUUGCAGCCGGUGGUGGAGGAUGGUCUGGAGGAGGCGGUGGUUGGUUUAGAUGGUUCAGCAGUGGAGGUUUCUGGGAUGCUGCAAAGCAAACUCUUCUUACUGUCGUCGGUAUCAUCGCAGUGUUUUUCCUGAUCGCCAACUUCAAUGUAUUAGUAGCAGCCAUUGUAAAUUCACUUCUAGCUGUCCUGCGGCAAAUUCGGCGUGCACUGUCCUUCAUUGCUCACUGUGUUGCUCAGGGCUUACCAUCCUCAGCUCCUGAACGACCACCGGCUUCUCUAGACAGUGGCAAUCAAGCUGCAGUGGUUGUGAAAGAUAGAGUUGGAAACUCAGCGAAAGAAAGAGUACUAAGGAAAUGGGGAAUGGACUGAGGUACUUAACUAUAGCACCGAUAUGAUGUACCUGUCUUAUGAGCCACAUUACUGUUCAUCAGGCCUGUGUUGAGCGCUUUGCGACCACCACAACCCUAAUAUGAUGUGUUUCACAAGAAGAAACAAAUAAAAGUUUUGAUUGAAAGUAUGGCUCUGUGUUGUGUAA